GCUCCUUGAACGCAGCAGCAGCAGCAUGGCAGCACCUGAACCUGCUUCUCUUAAUUAACACUGUAAAGUUAGCUGGUUCUCAACUUUUGUGGAAAUAUGUAACUGUGACAAACUGUAACAUGGAGCAGUCUGCUACUCUGGACAUAGAGACGUUGAAGAUUACCCAGGAGCAGUUUAUCCUCGCGUCCCAAUCCCUGCAUCUCCAGCGACCGGGCUGUGACGCCGUGUACCCGGUGGGGCUGUACGGCUGGCGGAAGAGAUGCCUCUACUUCUUUCUGCUGCUGCUCCUGGUCACCAUGAUAGUUAACCUGGCCCUCACUGUCUGGAUCAUAAAGGUCAUGAACUUCUCAGUGGACGGGAUGGGAAACCUUCAGUUGAAGCAGGACGGGAUUCGCCUGGAGGGAGUCUCUGAGUUUCUCUUGCCUCUCUACGUCAAUGAGAUCCAGUCCAGAAGGGACAGCUUGUUGGUCUUGGGGUCAGAAAAGAACGUAACGCUGAACGCCAGGAACGAGCACGGCCAGCUGACCGGUCAGCUCACAGUGGGACCUGAGGCUGUGGAAGCCCAGUGCCAGAGGCUGGAGGUACGAAGUAAAGACGGAGGCAGGCUGCUGUUCACUGCAAAUGAGGAGGAGGUCAUCAUGACAACAGAAAGGUUCACCGUCACAGGCUUGGAAGGCGCCGUCUUUGGACAUUCGGUAGAAACUCCCCUGAUCCAGGCGAGAGCUUCUGAAGACCUGAAACUGGAGUCUCCAACGCGGACCCUGACCAUGGAGGCUCCCAGAGGGGUGGAAGUGAGCGCUGCCAAGGGUCCGCUGAAGGUCAGCGGUCGAAAGGAUCUACAGCUGGAGUCCACAGAGGGAGAGAUACUUUUAGAUGCCAACACCAUUCAGCUGGGGAGUCUCCCGCUGGGCGUCUACACAGCGUCGCCCAGUCAGGCCUCCCAGGAGCAGGCCGUAUACGAGGUGUGCGUCUGCCCCAGCGGCAAGAUCUACCUCUCACCUGCAGAGACCAGCUCCACCUGCCAGGCCAUGAGCAACAUCUGCCUCUGGAGCUGACCUGGGUGCAGCGUUGGUUGAUGGGGAACACCUUUAACAUCUGCUCUGGAGCUGCUGAGAUUGAGAAUCCUCCGUUGGUACAUUUUUGAAGGAGAGUGGAACUCACCACAGCGGAGAUGGAGCUUGAACUCUGAGCAGAGUUCAGAUCAGUACAGAAGCAUCUGAGUCCACCGCCUGUGACGGUCUGUUGGACGUCAGGACCAAUAGUGUUCGAGGAAUGGCAGUCAGAGCAGCUUUCUGAAAUCAGGAAUAUCACAACGGGAACAUUUCCGCUACCUUAUAUUAGAGUCAGAGGACACACCCUUUAUUUUUCUACUUUAGGUUCAUUGUAGACAUGCAGUGACUGUUUUUAAGAUUCAGAAAGAAUAGAUGAGAAAAGGUAAAACACAGGUGCCUUCAGCUUUGAAAGAACUCAUAUAGUGACUAAUAUUGAACCUGUCUGUGCAGUCAGAGAGGGAUAGUGAAAGGUUUUUAAAGUUGUGAUGUUAGAAAGACAAGUAAGCACAAUUCUGUCAUGUCCCCCCACCCCCCCAGGUUUUUGGAUUUUUUUUAAAUAAGCUCAAUAGAUAUUUCUUUUUUUCCACAAUGUUAGCAGCUGAAAUUAAACGUGUUUUUAUGUGG